AUGGUACAAAAUCGUAUUGAAAGAGGAAAGUCAAGCAUAAAUUCGCCUAAAUCAAAAGAACUCUUAUCUUGCAAACCUUAUAAGCAGGUUACUAAUAAGAUAAGAUGCUUAAAAGAUAUCUAUUUUAGGGUGUGAAACACUAUAGUUAAAGAUAUUCCUAAAUGAACGCAAACUGAAAGUCUCAGGGACUCCUAUUUCAACUCAGUUGAUCUCGCAUCAUUUUAUCCAAGUCUCGAGCUAUUUAAAACUUAUUUCUCAACAGAUCUACAAGAAAUUCUGUUUGAAAUCGUUAUUUUCUCAAAAGGGUUACCUGAGAUCUCAAGAGCUGCAAGCAACGCAAUUUCUAUUUUAAACAAGCUUGGCUAUUCAUUUAAUAACACUGAUCUUCAAUCAACAAAUAUCCCAUAUGCCGACUUAUCCAACUCUCUUUUCAUUAACACAAAUUUUAAAGACAGCAGUCUCAAUUCAGCUAAUUUCAAUCAGUCAAAUCUUUACCACGUGAAUUUUAAAAAUUGCGACUUAAAAAAUGCGAAAUUUUCUAAAAAUCACGUGAUUUUAAGUUAUAAAAAAGUAGGGGAAAGUUUUGAUGUUUCCAGAUGUGGGAGGUAUUUAGUAGCAUUUGGGUUUGAAAAUGAAGCGAGAAUAAGAUUAUGGGAAAUAGAGUCUGAUAAACUAUUAAAAGAAAUUAAUUGUGGAGAUUUAGGACUCAUGCAUUUAUUACGAUUUUCACCAAGUGCCCGCUAUAUUGGGAUAAUAAAAUCUGGAAUAGUUACUUUAUAUGAUUUACAAAAUGAGUACAAAAUAAUUAAAUUUGAAGGCUUUUUCUACAAUGCCUCUUGCUUUGCAUUUUCUUCAUGCGAAACGUAUUUUGCAGCGGGAAGCAUGGAUAACAGUAUAAAAGUUUGGUAUUUAAAAAGCCAAGCACUUAUUCAUAUGCUGAAUGGGCAUGCAGCACAAGUUGUGGAUGUGUCGUUUUCUCCUUGCAAUAAGUUAUUAUAUUCAGCUGGCGAUGAUUCUUACAUUUUAGUGUGAGAUUUUGACGCAAAGGGUAAGAUAGUACCGUGCUAUAAAGGCACAACUUUUAUUCGAAAUAAGAAAAAGAAAGGAAAAAAACUUAUAAAGCGUUUUCAAGAAGAAAAAUGAGUUAAAUCGAUAACACCUAGUAGUAAUGGAAAGUUCCUAAUUUGUUUAUCACAAAAUAUUUCAGUAUGAAACAUUAAUUUGGGAGAAAAAGUGCUUUUAUAUUGCCCAACUUUAUUUCCUUCCCAAGCUUCUUUCAAUCAAAUAAAUUUAAUUGCAUUUAGAAGAGAAGAUGGGGCUAUUCUGGGUUUUGACAUAGAGACUCAGCAAUUUACUUAUCAAAUCUAUUGUGAGCCAGGUAAAGAAUCCAGAAAGCUUGUCUUUAUGCCUAAUGGAAAAUCUAUUGCAGCUGCAAGUAAAAGACAAGGUAUUUCAUUCUUCGAUAUUUCUGAUGUAAACAGCAAUAAAUCAAUAAAAAAAAGCAAUUAUACUGUCAACUCUAUUUCAUUUUCUCCAUGUGGAAAUUAUUUUGUUACACAUUGCGGAGAGGCAGAGAUUGAAUUAUGAGACUUCGCGCAGCAUAAGGUUAUAAAGCACUUAUACGCAGGCUCUCCGAAUCAUGCAGUAAAAACUAUAAUAUAUUCAUCAUCUGGCGACUAUAUAGCAAUGCCCAGUAAUAAUUUAAUUUUUAUUUACUCUCCACAUUUAGACCUACUACAUGAAUUUUCAGGUUGUACUAGCUACAUCAAGGCUUUAACUAUUUCUCAUGAUGGAAAAUUAAUUGCUGUCGGAACUGUACAUGAUGAAAUUGUGCUUUGAGAAAAAAGCUUAGACUCCAUAAAACAAGUUUGCACCCUUAAUGGGCGAUUUAAUUGUGCAAAGUACUUAGGAUUUACUCGAAAUAAAGGAAUCAUCGUCUCUUGUUUUGACGAUAACAAAAUCAAAGUAUGGAGUUACAAAGAAGAGAAAUGUAUACAUUUCUUCAAAAACCAUCAAAAAUUAAAUGUCAUACUUCAAGUUUCUCCUUCUCAACAAAUUUUUGUUUAUGCUUUUGGAUCUUCAACUGAUAUUUUUCUUUAUGAUUUAAAUUCUAAUGACGGAUUCCAAAGCACAUUUAAAAGAAAUGGAAAUAAUCCUUAUAAAUAUAUCAAAUUCUCCCCCAGUGGAAAAUAUAUUGCAGCUUUGAGCUUAGAAGACUCUGAGAUAAAGUGUAUCAAUAAUAUUUAUAUAUGGCUUGUUGAGAGUAGAGAGUUAUUAGUCAGUUUUAAUGAACUUGAGGAUUUAAUUACUUGUAUUGAAUUUUCAACUAGUGAGAAAAUAAUUGCUUUAGGUUUCAAAAACGGCAUAAUUAAAUUCUGGGAAUGGCAAAAUUUAAUAAAAUAA